CAGCUGGAGCACUCACAGUAGAGCUACGCCGUGGAGUGGUAGACAAAAACAUAGAAGGCGUCAUGAGGAGUAGAAUAACACUCAUUUUUGGAGCUAUAUUUGUCAAUCAGGUGCUGGGGGAAUAUGGCAUGGCACAUUUCAGUGAGAAGGGUGCGAAAAAAGGCAAAGACUACUGCAUAUUUUUUAACUCGCAGUGGGCUGGUCUACCUCAGGAUCUCCACAAAGCAUCCCGCCUCCAGAUCCACGACCUGACGUCGUCGGUGCUGUGCUCCCCCUCUGAGGUGCCCGCGGGGGGGUUCGCCAACCGCAUUCCCAUGGUGCUCAGGGGCAACUGCACCUUCUACGAGAAGGUGCGGCUGGCGCAGAUCAACGGUGCCCGCGGGCUGCUCAUCGUCAGCAAGGACAGGCUGACCCCGCCUGCUGGGAACCAGACGCAGUACGAGGAGAUCGACAUCCCCGUGGCGCUGCUCAGCUACACUGACAUGCUGGACAUCAGCAAGACUUUUGGGAAGGGGGGAGAGGUGGCCAUGUACGCCCCAAAGGAGCCUGUGCUGGACUACAACAUGGUGAUCAUCUUCAUCAUGGCCGUGGGCACCGUCGCCAUCGGGGGAUACUGGGCCAGCAGCCGCGACAUCAGGAAGCGCUACAUGAAGCACAAGAGGGAGGACGCGGCGGAGAAGCAGGACGAGGACACGGUGGACGUGACGUCCGUCAUGAUCUGCGUGUUCGUGGUCAUGUGCUGCUCCAUGCUGGUGCUGCUCUACCUGUUCUACGAUCAGCUGGUGUACCUGAUCAUCGCCAUAUUCUGCCUGGCCUCGUCCGUGGGCCUGUACAGCUGCCUCUGGCCUGCGGUGCGCCGGAUCCCCCUGGGGAAGUGCAGGAUCCCUGAGAAUAACCUGCCUUACUGUCACAAGCGGCCGGAGGUGCGGCAGCUGGUGCUGGCCGCCUUCUGUGUGGCCGUCAGCGUCACCUGGGGAGUCUUCCGGAACGAGGACCAGUGGGCCUGGGUGCUGCAGGAUGCGCUGGGGAUCGCCUUCUGCCUGUACAUGCUCAAAACUAUCAGGCUAACGACCUUUAAGGCCUGCACACUGCUGCUGCUGGUGUUGUUCGUCUACGAUAUUUUCUUUGUGUUCGUGACCCCUUUCCUGACGAUGAAUGGGGAAAGCAUCAUGGUAGAGGUGGCGGCUGGUCCAUCAGAUUCUUCUACUCAUGAAAAACUUCCUAUGGUUCUGAAAGUGCCCAGAUUGAACUCCUCGCCCUUGGCACUGUGUGACCGCCCCUUCUCCCUGCUGGGGUUCGGGGACAUCUUAGUGCCAGGCCUGCUUGUGGCCUACUGUCACAGGUUUGACAUACUGAUGCAGACCUCACGCAUAUAUUUCCUGGCCUGUACCAUCGGCUACGGGAUCGGGCUGCUCAUCACCUUUUUGGUGCUGGCCCUCAUGCAGGGGGCCCAGCCUGCCCUCUUAUACCUGGUGCCUUGCACUCUCCUCACCAGCCUGGCGGUGGCGCUGUGGCGCAGAGAGCUCCCCUUGUUCUGGACGGGAAGCGGCUUUGUGAAGGACAUGCCCCAGCCUGCCUUGGUCAAGGUGCCCAUGAACUGCACUCGGACUCCCUCGGCCAAUUGCAAGCCACAGGGCGCCGAAGCCACCAAUCAGGGCAAGGACACUCCCCUGGUGCCGGAAAAGGCCGGCCUCCCAGAAGACCAACCCAAACGACCAGAAUGACGGACAGCGUAUUAGGGGUGGAAGUUACUCAUUCAUUUCAUUUUUUAAUUAUUUUUCUAUUUUUAUUUUUAUUUUUUUUGAGGGGGUGUUGAAACUCUUACAGAAUUCUCCUUCUGAGUUCUGCGGGCUGGUAGACUUGCAGGUUUGCCACAGAUGCAGAGUCACAAAGAGCACUGCUGCCCCCCCCCCCCCCCCCCCAGGGGAGCUCUGUUGGGUGUUUUUUGCUGGGGUGACCCCGCGGUGAGAGGGAUCAUCCCAGAGGUGGAGACUACAUCUCUUUUUCCCCUUGUGCUCCUAGAGCUGUGUCUCUCUGCCUCUCUCUUUCUCUCCCUUUCUGUCCUGGUAUUCUUGUCUUUUUCGCUGGUCUUUUGUUCCCUCUAUCUCUCUCUCUCUCUCUCUUUCUCUUACUGGAUCUCAUUAACUUAACACCAGCUGCCUAGCAGUUCAUCUGAGGCAGUACAGGCUCUGUGGGUAAUAUCCUCUUAAAUCUCUUUUUAAAUGUUUUGGUUUUUUUUUUUUUUUUUUGUGCUUUUGGUCUGAUGGGAUUCAUCUCGCCCGGGCCAGUUCUGAACACUACGCUGUACCAGCUGAAGGGAGCCAGAACCCAGUCUGUAUGGUGAGGUCCGUGGGGGGUGCAAGAACCAAAGGAGUCGGGGUCAUUUUACUGGCCGUCUCCAGCAUUCGUUUCAUGUAUACCUGACACCUAAAUGUGUUAAGUCUGCAUGUUCAGGUAUUCAUUGUGUAUAGUGGGGUCGUGCAGUGCGCUGUAUAUGUAUGUGUGGAUAUAGAAACGCGUGCGCACUGCAUGUACAUGGCAUAGAGUUAGAGCAGUGUAGUCGAGUAGUUAGCGAUGAGUCCAUAUUUCACUACUAUGAUUUUUUAAAUAAUGCCAGUUUGCGUUUCCCUUUAUGUUUUGGUGAGAGACGCUGCUGGUCCUUCGGCAUGCGAGGCGAGUGAGUGAAUGCGUGCAUACGCAGUACCCUCAGCGCUGUAUCUGUGAUCAGCUGCCAUUUAUUUCAUCCGUUUUGGUUUUGUUGAAUAUGGUGGGAAAGGAGGUGGGGACACAUGAUACUUGCUGGUCUCGUAAUUCGAGAUAAAAACAUAAUUUGCUGAUGCUGAACUGAACUGGACACAAAGUCUUUGUUAUGUCAGUAGGCCACCUGUGGUGGUAGAGGCGUGCCAUCCUGGUCAAUUGCAUAACAUUUUUACUAAGAAUUAUUUUUAGUUUAUGUAUUAUUAUUAUUAUUAUUAUUAUUUUAUUAUUAUUAAUAAUAAUCAUUAAUACCUGUUUACACAUGCCGGUUCAUGGUUAGAAUGUUUGUGGUGGUAUUUUCCCUUUAAACUUAAACCUAAUGAAUGGAAGAAGCAGGCAUUAAAAAUCUAUAAAAUUACCUCCAUGGAUAUGCUAGUCAAAGUGCAUUAAUCCCAAUGCAUAAUUUAAAAUGUUGACUGGGGCAUCUUCUUGAAAAUUGCCAAUAAACUUUCUUCUGGUGACUUCUACAAAGUGUAGAUUUCCUAAAUGACACUAAUUGACCCCUUGUGGGGAAUUAAAUUCAGGGAAUUAAAAAAAUUCUGUAUGGCUGUUUUUUUUUUUUUCUUUUUCUAAAUUUCCGGAUAUUUUUUGGAUCACCAAAUGGGAAGAGAUUGAAUGACAUUUGCCAAUAACAACCAAAACGAAAAAAAAUUUACAGUCACAACAAAUUGCAUCACACUAAUUCAUUAGAUGCCAGUACAUGAUGGAGGUCACUUUUGUCACCUGGAAACAAGUUUAAUGGUUUGUGAAGUGUAGCUAAUUUGGCACGUGUUGGUGUUCACCCUUGCAGACCUGUGGGGGCUCUUCAAUUAAGCUGCAGUGUGUUUUGUCCUUAAGAAAAUAUAAGCUUCCAUUGUUUAUUCUAUUACUGACAUGAAAGUAUUUUUCAGUUGCAAAAAAAUUAACUGAACGUGUUGAAGGAAAUGGAACAGAAAAAUAUUAUGCGGGAAUUAAUUAGGUUUUUUUUUUUGGGGGGGGGGGGGGGUUGGGCAGAGUUUUUGCCUGAUUUACCUGCCUGUGACAUGGUAAUGCUUGUGACAUUUGUUGAUUUGACUUUUGCUGUCACUGACUGAAGGGAACCGGGUGGGUUUUUAGAUGCCUCCGUUUAAAGACAAUAAAGAAACAUGCAUUUCACCC